GUCAUGGCCAGCAGCUGUCUCUUAUCUCCAUGGCAACUCUGGGCUGGGAUUCUAAUCCCUCCCACAAGUUAAAAGCAGGAAAUAGGACUAGCCUGCCUUGGGUGACAUGGACAGGGAGGGACAGGCAGGAAUAAGAGACACACUGGGACAAACCCUGGCAGAUGGGCUCAGGUAUUGACAGCAAAGUGCAAGCCAAGGACUGACACAGGCUGAGCCAGCAGGAUUGCCAGGGGCUGGGAUCCAGGCACCCACUGCCUUAGAAGAGGAGGCCACAAACUGGCAGCUUGGGUAAAGUCAAAAACUCAGUACACAGAGGGAUUGUCUGGAUCCAGCUGUCUGCAGACCUGGGAGCAGCCUGUCAGCAGGUAGGAAACUGUGCUGUGUGUAUCAAUCCCCUGCCAUUUACAUUUACUAUUUUGUCUUCUGUUUACCUCUCCCAGGGUGCUAUGCAUGUGUGCCUAGUGUAUUUGUAUUUGAUUUGGGUCACGAGAUGAGACACAUUCUAAAUGUUCUGGUGGAUGCAAUGCCUCACCUCCCAGAACAGGAGGUUAAAGAAAAAUAAUACUAACGUAUAGCAAACAUUGGGCAGUCUCUACUCCUAUUAUGUUCAGCCAGAAGCUGCCGUGACCAAUAACUAGCCUAUUUUUCUGGCCCAGCCUGGUAAGUGCGUAUAUAAACAGCAGGUUAUCUGAUGGAUUAUUGGUUUUUAUAGGACUCAAGCAGUGAGUUCCCCUGGCACAGUGGGACACAGCUGUAGCUGGUUAAAUAAUGCUACCUGUUACGUGUGCAUGGCUGCUGCCCACCCCCAACCACUCUCAUCCAUCUGCUUAGAAUUCGAUUGAAAUGUAAUAAGGGUUGAUAAAUAAUUGGUUUACGCCACACAGAUGAAUCAUGGUGACUCCAGACUCACUGUCCCUCGCCCCAGGCUGCGUGUGUCUGUUCUUUGUUUGCAAUAAUUAGCUAUAAGUGGAAACAUCAAUGAUAGCAGCGCCCUUAUUAUAUAUAGAAAGUAGAACCACAUCACCUUUCCUCCACCAUUGUGUGAUGUCAAAGUCAGAUAUGUUGAUUAUUUUUUGUUUUUGCUCAGCAAGUAUGUUCCAACAACCAUGUCUCACAAUGCAUAGCCACUGUAAUAUUUUGUUGCAGUGAGCUAAUGCAGUUUGCAUCUGGAUAGAACUGAAUUGUGAUGUUAUUUGCUACCUUUUUGAUAAAUAUUUAAACGGACACUAUAGGCACCCAGACCACUUUAUCUCAUGUCCCCGUCUCCAUAGUCCUGCAAAGUAAAACAAUAAUUUCCUUGCUGGACUAAGACCGCCUUUAGUGACUGUCUAUCAAACAGCCACUAGAGGCACUUCCUGGAUUCUAGCAUACUCUGAGUCCCUUAAAAUAUGCUGGAUGUCAUGAGUAUUCCUCUGCAUCUAUGGGUCACUUUCUCUGCUUGAGGAAAUCACUUUCUUAUUGUUCAUCCACACAGGGGUAUAGGAGGAUUUCACCUUAGCCAUUUGGGUCUGGCAAAUUGACACAGGCUCAUUGUUAUAAUGGUGAGAGAUCAAAUGUAUUUUUUGGAAGGUUAUUCUACAGUUCAACAAAAUAGGGGUAGCAUUCUUCAACUUAAAGGGAAAGAAAAUAAAAUAAAAAGAAGAAAAAAAAAAAACUAUUGUAAAGAUAUAUAUUGUACCCAUAAAACCAGAACAGACAGAGUAAUAUUUUCUCAACCAUUCUCUAAGUGUCUUGAUAGCACUAGGUAAUUCAGGCUUUACGGAGCCUGGAGAAUGCCAUCUUGCAAUAAAAUUUUUUUGUAAAAAAUCACAUAGCAUUUCAUUUUGUGAUAAGGUUUUGUGUUAAAGUUUUCUCUUUAUGAGAAAGAUACAAAUAUGAAGUGAUCGCGGUGUCUAUCCACACAGCAAACUAUCUAUACAUAAAUCAGUUUUGUGAAUUGGAAAAGAAAAAAAAAAAGUUUUCUAAGUUCACAUACAUGUACAUAACCAGUCGGUCUCACUCACACAAUCAGUUAUCCCUGCAGCACAACAUAGAAUUCCAAGGAGGCUUAAAGGGUGAGCUACACAGUCCGCCUCCGCAAGGCACUUGCUGAGAAGAUUCGAAACCCUGUAACCAACUUUGUCAUAAAUUCUCAUUUAUGAUGAAUAUUUCAUUUAUCUCUUAGUUGUGAAUUACAGAUGUUGGAAACAGUCUAUCCAUUAAAGGACCACUAUAGGCACCCAGACCACUUCAGCUCAAUGACGUGGUCUGGGUGCCAGGUCCAUCUAGGAUUAACCCUGCCUGCGGAAACUGCUAUGUUUACAUAUGGGUUAAUCCAACCUCUAGUGGCUGUCUCAUUGACAGCUGCUAGAGGCGCUUCACUGUGAUUUUCACAGUGAGAAGAAGCCAGUGUCACUGGCUGAAUGCGCGCGCAGCUCUUGCCACGCAUGCGCAUUCAGCCAAUGACAUCAGAAGAGGGAGGAGAGUCCCCCAGCGCCGAGGGAGCCCGGCGCUGGAGAAAGGUGAGUGUUUUAACCCCCUUCCUCACCCUUCAGCCCGGCGGGAGUGGGACCCUGAGGGUGGGGGCACCCUCAGGGCACUAUAGUGCCAGGAAAACAAGUUUGUUUUCCUGGCACUAUAGUGGUUCUUUAAUAACACAUACUUUGUAAUAUACGCACGUUAUAUAUGGUUUCAGGCACUUUAUCUUUCCCAUCACCCAUGAUGUAAAUAAUCCUGUUUUUCAGGCUCUUCCUUGUUCUUUGGUCUUUGACUGCCACUGGCAGUGACCUUUGCUUGUCAUCACAAUGGACGACUCUCCCCACCAGAACACUGGAUGGAUGCCAUACUGGAUUGCCCUGUCCCAAAUCCUUGGGGUAGCAGCUUUAGCGGUGACCGGGACAUGGCUGUCACAUUACAGAGGGGGGUUUGCCUGGUCUGGAAAUCUGCAGUUUAAUGUCCACCCACUCUGCAUGGUGUUGGGAAUGGUGUUUUUGUGUGGAGAUGGUAAGUACAACUGGCCAGGGAAGGAGGCUGGCAAAUAUAUUGUUUGAUAAUAUUAUGUCUGUCUGGAAUUACUGUAGUAGCUAGGUCUUGCCAAUGUAAUUACACUUGCUCCAGAAAUGAGACUAAAUGUUGCUGUAACAAGCACUUCUUCACCAGAUUUGCACAAUGUUCCCAACUGCUUCUUCAGCCUAUGGAAUCUUUUAAAUGAAAAUAGUGUGGGCAAUAUGUUUGAGAACCUGGGAAAUGCUACCACUCUAAGGCCUACUCCCAAAUGACCUCUUAAUAAAAAUCAAAACUUGUGUCUCUACAUAGGUUGUUGAACAAAAAUUUCCAUUAAAAAAAAAAAAAAGUGUACCUAAAAAAAAUACUUGAGGGCGCCUGACAUCAGUGAUAUAAACAAAAAGUUAUAUCAUUACCAAUCUUGCUGCUAGAGUAGUUCGGCAUAAACUCGUAAGCAGAAUAAGGGAAAGAAUACGAUAAUAGAGGAGUACACCUCUAGAAACACACUCACAAGGAGAGUGGUACAGCUCUGUAAGAAAUGUGCAAAAUCCACUGUGGCCAACACUUGGGAUAGAGUACCACUAGAACACAGUUGUCGAAAAGGUUGUCCAAUUCCUGGAGCCGCACAGGUCGCUACUCUCUAAGGCUCUGAUCUCAUUGGGUACCCUGUUGCUUGACUCGUUUUGUCCCAUUUCCGUCUGGAUUGCUUUAAGAGCUGGUUGAUUGGUAAUUCUAUAACUCUUGAUGUAGAUCACUGGUGUCUGGUGCCUUUGAGGUUUUUUUUUUGUUUUUUUUUUAGGAGGCUCCUAUUUUGGCACUUUUGUUCAUGGAAGUGCUGGACAAUAAGCCAGCUUGCUCUCUCCAAUAGUGAAACCGAAAAGAGACUGACAUAUUUGUCAGGUUUUCCGAUGCUUUCAUGAAAGGUAAUUCCUUCACAAUGCAAAAACUAAUUUUUCCGGGACCCACACAAUAUAUCCCUGGAAAAAGAUCAAAGAAUCCACACCAGAGUUACAGCAUGUUAAAGAUUUGUGUGAUAGCUUAGUCCAUGUCUCCAAAAAGGGGUUCUCGGACCUCUACGGAGGCGCUCUCAAGCCCCUGGUAUUCUCUGAUGCCUCCACACCACCCUCCAAAAGUCCCUAUCUGAAGAACAGUUCCAGGGUAUCUCCCAGUAAGGUACUCGAUAUGUAAAGUGAGUCCAGGCGAUCCCCAGAGAUCUGUCUGGGAAGCACAGUAAGCAUCCGGGCCCCCCAUGCUCCACCCCACAGUGACAAUAGCCCCUUUCAGGGGCUCUUGGGACCAGGCCCAUUGUCUAUGGGCAGAAGGCUGGCCUUCAAACCUCUUCAAAAGUGUGUGGCACAAGAGCUGCCAUCACAGCAACUCCCUUCAAAUGUUUGCAGAGUGUAUUCUUCAGCAGAAAAUUUACUCCUUGCAAGCAGAUGCUAAGCCCAGUCAGGUCUAAAAAAAGGCUUAUAAUACUCAAUAGAGAGCUCAAGGCCUGGGGUCAGAAAUGGAUAAAUAUUAGACCGGAUGGAGCACUGUGCCAGGGGUUUGCAUUGGGAAUCUGCUAUAACAAAAUGUUUUUUCUGGUUUCUGAUAAGGCAGCAUUUUAAAAUGUGAUCAGUUUUCUGGUUUCCCGAUGUGACAUCCUGUUUUAAUGUAGCAUUAAUUUUCAGAGUAGCGAUUUGAGAAGAGUACAUGGAGAAUAGAAAGGGCUGAAUAACGAAGUCUUUUUGACUGAUACCGAGGUGUUGUUAAAGAACUGCGUAAGAUACAAGAUACGAGAAAGUGUACAAGUUAUCACAGAAAAGCCCAAGCUACUGAAUCUUGUAUUUCAUGUGACAGAAAGAUGCCAACAUCCCAAAACAUUUGCAGAAACCCCAUUGUCCCGACUCCAUCAAUCCUAGUUUAGUGAAUAAUCCCGAUUGAGUGGCAAGGUUAUAAAAAAAAUUGGUAUGAGCUGAAAUAAUCUAGGACCUCCUCAGAGGGUAUUUGUUUUCAUUGUAUCCAUGUUGAGGUUCAUUCUUCUGACCUUCUAUUCUGCGCAGUUUGUGGUCAUGAAUUAGUUACUGUGAGCAGCUUAGCUCCAGUUGCCAAUUAAAUAAUAUUAAAUCACAGUGCCUGAGUCAGAGAUGAGCCCUGCUCAAUCUUAUUAAGCAAUUAAAAUAAUUUCUCUUUUAUUAUUAACCACGUCUCGGUUAUAAACUGGAUUAGCUUUAUUCAUGCUGUACGUCAAGCAAGGGAAAGAUGUGCGAAGGAGGGGACAUGAUCUGGAUUUGGUAUUGUCAUUUGUUGCAGGUUAUGCCAUCAGCUGACAGAAAUAUGAGGCAUUAGACAAAAAAAAAAAAUAAUUACUGCAUCCAUUAUCCCUAAAUAAUGCUGCUUAACUGUCACUUUAUAAGGCGACUCGGUGGACACAUCCUGUUCAGACACCUACCUCAUCUAAGGUUUACUAAUUGUUUAAUUUGUUCUAAUAAUAUUACUCCAGCAAGAAGGAAUGUCGGAACGGUCCCUAAAGUGUAUUUGUCAUAGGAUAUGGGAAUAUUUAUUUUGGACCACCCUGAGUACAAGUGGCAUUAUAUAUAUAUAUAUUGUUCCCUCAUCCCCUGUUUCUUUCUUAAAGCACUCCUGGUGUAUCGAGUUUUCAGAAAUGAGACAAAAAAAGCAACCAAGAUCCUUCACGGUGUCCUGCACAUCCUUGCGCUGAUAAUCUCCUUAGUAGGUAGGUAGCUAUGGCUUCCUUGUGAUUUGGUGAGAAAGGGGUGAGUGGUUUACAUUGAUCUCCUGUGAGUGAAGCAGACUGAUCAAACAACAGUUUUUGAGCUAAAGAUCUUCCCUCUAUUCCCCAGGAAUCAUUGCUGUAUUUCAGUUCCACAAGUCAAGCGGGAUUCCGGAUAUGUACAGCUUGCACAGCUGGUGUGGCAUGGCGACAUUCGUCUUCUACAUCUUGCAGGUAAGAUGCCGAUUCUUUUUAUUGCUAGCCCCCAUGCCUCACUGUGUUUAAUAAUUCAGAAGUGUGAAUGUAUGCUCCUCUUACAGGACCUUUUUCAGAGAUAAGUUUUGUAAAACUGUUACAGCAACCUAACCUCAUUUAGGUUAUGGAGUCAGCAGUAUCCGGGUACCUACAUUCAGCAGUGGUUAACCCCAAAGUUGGGUCUCUGCCUCUUGACUUUCUUCCUUCCUGAACUGCAGAAUAAGCAGUGUUUAGCUGGGCGGAUACUUACAGGAUUUAUAUGUACUACAUCUUGCACUUUUUACACAAUAUGAAAAGAUUCUGCAAAUCAGUCCUUAGUACUGUCAAUACUGGGAAUGCAGCUCUCCCUGCAGGGGGUCCUCCAUACAAAGCAAUGCUUACCCUACAGUGCUCUCUUUUCCUGGAAAGAUAGGCGCUGAGAACCGUCUCUGAUCAGAGAAUCCACACCCAGUGCGGCUAUUCUUUGAACCAGCAACGAAUUCCAGGUGUAUGGCAAAUUAUUCUCAGUGACUUCUGGGUAGAGGAGCGCUCUCAAGCCCCAGGUAUCCUCUAAUGCCUCCCAAAUCUCCCCUCCAAAUAGUGCUCUAUUUGGAAGUCAGGGGACCGAGCGAUACAUGCUUAAGGAUUGACCGGCCUCGGUACUGUCCCAAUCCGAGGAACACUCCCAGAGUAUGUCCCGGUCAGGCACACAAUGUGUAAAACAAGUCCAAUUGAUACUGGACUUGUUGGAUAGCUCAAUAAGCAUCCAGGACCCCUGCCCACAGUGACAGUAGUCCCUGUGUAGGGGCUGUUUGGACAGGCCCAUAGUCUGUGGGCAAGUGGCUGGCCUUCAAACUUCUCCAAAAGCCUCUGGCAUGGGAGUUUCUGUCACAGACUGAUGGCAAUAUUUUAUGCAUAACACAUAUAUCCAAUUAUUAAACCCAGCAUUUUAACUCUACUGUAUAUUGUAGAGAGCAAGGCUAAUCAACACCAACACGCUGUAGUAGCGAUACAUACUACCAAUCCAAAUCCUCAUCUGUGUGCAAUUAAAUGCUAAAGCUACAAUUGUAUCACUGUACACCAUUGGAUAUCCCAACUAGUGGUGAAUUACUGUUCCAAUCUUUUGAUCGCUAAUGGUAGGAUCUAAUUAUCAGCUGCUACUUUGGUUAUGCUUUCACUAGACUGUACAGCUAGCACAAUUUUAUCUGUCUACGUAUUCAGAGAAAUAUUUCGUAUAGUACAGAUUAAUUAUUAUAAAUCACAAGUCCACAUAUCUGGACAACGGGCAGACUAAAUAUACCGGUAUAGUGACAGAUUUAGUAGUUUGUAAAUAAGAACCCUACUUGAACAAGUUGAAAAUGAUAAAACCAGGGAAACCUCUGCCGAAAUCCCAGUCAUGCUGUGGGGAUUUUUCCAUUUUUUUUUUUUACCCCAAUUAACCAAUUGUGUUGUGGUUACAAAGAUGCAUUGUUUUUCUGCCUCUCAUCCAACACUGGCCAUAACAUUCCUCUUUUCUCUUACAGUGGAUACUUGGAUUCGUCAUGUUCUUUGUGCCGGAAGUAGGUUUUACAUACAAGGCCAAAUUUAAGCCGAUGCACGUCUUCGUUGGUUUAUCCCUUUUGGUUUGUGCCAUAGCUACAUGCCUACUUGGCUUAACGGAAAAACUGCUCUUCUCAAUCCCGUGAGUACCCACAGAUAUACAUAGAUACAUAACCCAUUUUAUUAUUCAGGCAACAUUUAAAUGUGUUGACUUACUCCCAGGGCAACACGCCUCGGCCUGAUAACCUUUGGAGUCCCACUAGCUGUUGGGUCAGUUCACUACUUUUUGUUUAGAGUAAGUGUAGAUUUCAAUUUGAAACAAGGGAAAUUACCUUCCAUUAAGAUUAUUUUAAUAAUAAAAGGAUGGAAAAAAAACCUUUAGAGACCAUUUAUCCCCAGCAUGUCCUGAUACCUGAAGUUUUUUUUUUGUUUUGUUUUUUAAACCAUCAUUGCUUAAAGGGACAGUGUAGGCACUCAGACUCCAGACCACUUCACUGAAGUGGUCUGGGAGCUGUGACCCUUUUGCACCUAGUGCUGCAAUAUAUAACAUUGCAGUUCCAAAAAACUGCUCUCAGUGGCAGUCUACCAGACAGCCAUUGGGGGCACUUCCGGAAUCCAAACAGACUUUUGGUCCGUUAGCUGAUGCUGGACGGUCUCACGCUCUGCAUGAGGACCUCCAGCGUCAGAUUUUCCCUAUAUGAAAGCAUUGGAUAAUGCUUUCCUAUGGGGAGGUCUAAUGCCAUUGCCGCACAUGGCAUUAGCUCCCCAAGUUCUGUCAGGAAGGUAUUCAUAAAAAGAGGCAGCCCAGGCACCAUAACCACUACAAACCUUUUUGUUUUGUCAAAUUGUUCAAGAAUAUGCACUUGGAGCCAUCUAUCCCAAAACCACUAUAAUGGGCUGCAGUGGUUAUAGUGCCAGGAGUGUCCUGUCACUAUUUAAGGCAAAGUAGUCAAAGCAUUUUAGUGCUGUUUGACAACUUACCUGGGUCUCUUAGCGGCCCAUGCAGUAUUUGUUAUUCUCCUGAGCGCAAUCCUAGGACAGUGUGCGCCCGACAGUACCCUGGGAAGUUAUCAAACCACACUAUAAUGGCUUACCUUCUUAAUAUGGGGUAUUAACCAUAUAACAGGAUGUAGGGUUGAUGGUGCAUGAAGUGUUCCUUAUCUUUUUGUAGCAGUAGGUGGCUUUGUGGAUGUCAGAUUUAUUUUUUAUUAUUAUUAUAGAAAGCCAUCUAUCAUUUACAAUUUUUUGUUUCUGUCACUUUUCAGUAUUUCAUAAACAUAUCUUUAAUAAAAAUAGAAAAAUUAAUUAAAAAAAAUGGUGCUGCAGUAGAAACCAACAUUUAUACAGAAUCCAGAUUAAGUAACAGAACACACACAAACAUACAGUAUUAAGUUUUACAAGGAUUUAAUCUUAAUGAAAUGUAACGUUGGAUUACUUUGUCAACCCCAGGCUUUGCCAUAAGACAAACAGCAGAGUUCCUCUGUCAGCUUUUGUCCAGCACCAGCAGCCAUCAUUUCUGACAGGAUCCUCCACAGACCCAAGUGUUGUACUCUGGCGCAUGCACGAGGAUAUAGCACGGAUGUGUCUGCUACUGAUAGGGACAGGUGGAGUUAAGUAAAGCUCUCCUCCUCUGCACCCCGUGGCCACGGAUCCACAUCAUUUGUCCUUUUUCUGAGGAGGGGAUGCAAAAUAUACAAAGACCCCGAAAAAGACAGAUCCUUUUUAAAGGGAUCCUAUAGUGCCAAAGCCAUUUUCCUGGCAAUAUAAGGUUAAUACGCCCCAUCCCGCGGGGCUUAAGGGGUUAACCAGUCAGCCGGCAGGGAAGAUCUAAUACGCAUGCACGGCAAUGGUCGCGUACUCAUUAUCCAGUGCUUUCCUCAGAGGAAAAUCUGACACUGGAGGUCCAUGAAGACUUCCAGCAUCAGAUAACGGACCAAAGGUCUGUUUGGAUUCCGGAAGCCCUCUAGUGAGGGCAUACUUAGCGCCGCAAUGUAAACAUUGUUUUACAUUGCAGCACCCACACUACUUCAAUUAGCUGCAGUGGUCUGGGUGCCUACAGUGUCCCUUUAACCACCCUACCAUAUAUAUUACACUUUUUUUUUUUUUAUUGUAUUUAUUAAGGGGUGUUCUAGCUUGAGGUGUAAGCAUCCCUUUAAGUAUGUCAUUUCUAGUAAUGUGUUAUUUAAACCGUUUAUAUGAAAGUUCCUGUUCUGCUAUUUCCAUGAUGCAUUACCUUUAUAACUAAAUAGAGUCAUUGCAAAGACAAUCGAUUUGAAAAUUCCUGGGUAUUAAAAGGUUAAAUGAUCUAGUAAAAUAAAGAGAUUGGUGUACCUUUUUUUUUUCUUCACAUGCAAUGGCGCUCUGUUAAUGAUACCAUUGUUAUGAGAAGGUGCCGCUCGACCUACAAAAAACCUGGGUUUGAAUUAACUCAAACCACACACACAAAGCUGACGUGUCCUUUCAAUGGAUAUGCGCUUGGUUGAACCGGUUACUGUGUAUUUAAUUGCUCUCUCCUGGUACAGUAGUUUUAUGGAAUUAAAUAACAGAGGGGCACUGGCUGCUAAGAAUUUAAAGUGACACCCUAGUCUAGCUGGCCUGUUGUAGUUAACAUACUAUAGAAACAGCAUUAAAAUAUGCAAAGAAAAUGAAAAAAAGGACAUAUUUGAAGUAACUACAUUUCCUAAAAUGACGUGCAGAAUCUCCAGUGAGUGCCCGCAUUGGCUGCUGGUCAAAUAACUUUCUACAGAGCUACACGGCAAUGCUUUAUUGGCACAGCAAAGAUUUCUGGGAGUUGUAGUUCAUUUGUUAGCUUUCUACUGUAACGUGUACAUCAGUCGUUUUGGAGCAAAAAGGAAACCCUGCAACAUGUUUAUAUAGAACAAAUAUGCAUUGAUCAAUAAAUAGUCUUUAUAACAGUUCCUUAUGCUAUGCUGCUUUAAUUAUUAAUGUUAAAAAUCUAGAGCAGGGUAUUAACCUCCAGGACAGCACAUAGAUCAAAGCUUUGUAAAUAUAUCAAGCCUCUUGUAGCUUGUUUGGCACUUAAAAUGGAACAGUCAUGCGUGACUUGUGAUUUGUGCAGAACCCGAUCACUAACUAACAGUUGAGCUUUAGUUUUUAAUGCUUAAUCCCAAAAGGAUCAACAGCUAUUUAGUCUGUAAUAACAAACCAACCUUUAAAGGGUCAGUCUAAGCACCACAACCAAUUUAGCAGAAUGAUGUGCUUCUGGUGUAUGGAUCGUGUUCCUGCAGUCUCACAGUUGGUCUGAGAGAAGUAGAUUGACCCAACAUAGCUGCUCUCCCCAUUUCUUUCCUUCCCCCUCUCUGCCUCGUUCUUCCCCUGUGUGUGUCUAUUCUUCCCUCUUCCCCUGUGUCUCUUUCUCCACCUCUUCCCUGCCUUGUGUCUCUCUCUCUUCCCUUUCUGUCUCUUGCUUCCCCCUCCCAUUUACCAAUAGAAGUCAGAGGGGGCCGGCCGCGUUCCAUGCUGGUGCCACUGGGUGGCCGCCUAGCCGUUCCGGCAGCACACUCACUAAUGCUGACAGCAUAGAAGGACUGAAGGAGGGAGCAUGUCUCUAUCAUGUUCCCUCACGGUUCCCACAAUUCCAGUAUGAUGUGGCUGUGCUGGGAAUUGUGGGAGCCGCGAGGGAGCAUGAUAGAGAGAAAUGCUCCCUCCUCCAGUCCGGUAGGGGAGGAGCGGAGCAGAGCCAGCGUCGAGGGACAUCAGAGCUGGACCCAGGUAAGUGACAAGGGCCUUAACCCCUUAAGGACCAAACUUCUGGAAUAAAAGGGAAUAAUGACAUGUCACACACGUCAUGUGUCCUUAAGGGGCUAAAGGGGGAAGCUAUAUUCUCCUGAAUGGCAGAGAAUUGAGCAGUGAGACUGCAUGGGCAUGAUCUAUGCGCCAAAACUCUGUUAAGCUGUUAAGUUGUUUUGGUGCUUAGUGCCCCUAACCAAUUUUGGCUUUGUAUUUAGUGCACCCAAAGAUAUAUAUAUAUAAUCUCUAAUACAAAUGCUUAAUAUGGCUGGAAUACCAUGAAACAUUAUAUUCUCAGAAUAUAAAAUAUUCUAAAUCAAAAGUAGAUUUUACAAGAUAAAAACCAAAUAUAAAAAAAAAAUGCCAGUUUUCCUGAUACAAAUGUGAACAUAAUUACUGCUAAACACAAGUACUUCAAAAUAUAUUCAUAUAUUUGCCCUGAUUUAUCGUUUUGUAUGCCCUACUUUAUAGGUCACACAUUAUAAGGAGCACAAUGUGGUUUUAAGACUUUCAUUUUUCAGAAAUUGGUUUGGUACUGGGGUUUUAAACUAAGGAGAGGAAUUUAGACACUUGGCUAUCUUUAAAACAAAUUUAAAGGUUUGUAGGUUUUUGUCUUCCAGUAAAUUUGAUGUUACUUGCAGUUAAAGUAAAAAAUUAAAUAAAUGUGCAGCAAGAUUGCAUGAACGUAGAAUACUUGUGUGUAUAAUACAAUACCGUGGUGAUCCCAGAACAAGAAUUCUAUAUCUCUGCUAUGUUAGUCUAAAAUGUUAAGUUCCCAAUGUAAUUACCCACAAUUCUCAGUUUAAUGAAUACAUCUGUUAAAGGACUGAUAUUUACCCCUCAAGGCUACCAGAAGUGGCAGAACCCCACACCUUUAGAUAGUGUGUGAAAUGUGAUAGCAUUGUUUUAAAGACAGUCCAAUCUUAAACACACAUAAGCAAAUUCACUGUUUCUAUUUCUAUGUGUAAAUGUGAUAUUUCAUAUAAUGCCUCUCUAUUGCAGAAAGGACUACUCGAAAAUGCCACCAGAGGGCAUUCUUGCAAACACUUUGGGCUUGCUACUAGUUGCGUUUGGCAUAGUCGUUGGCUAUAUUCUGACUCGAGACGAGUGGAGGCGUCAGCCACUUCCAGAGGAACAAGCUCUCUCCAUUGAUUUUAAGACGUUGACUGAGGGAGAGAGCCCGUGUGAGCCGUGAUAUUCCUAUUGAAGCAGAGCUAAGACCCAUCUUCCGCUUUCCCUCAGACAAUAUUUGUGAUUGUAAUGUGAUUCUUGCUGUGGCUGGUGGCUUUGUCAAUGUAAGAUAACGGGUUUGUAACAGGGUGUAAGAGUGUGUAUCUACAUUGGACUACAGGAAAGUGCAGCUCCAAUAACAGACAACUACAUACAGCGAAUCCUUGACACUAUAUAAUUUAUUAUCAUCAUACAGCCCUGUUAGCUAGCAAGAGCCUAAAGCGACUUUUAUCGAAAACAAAAAAGUUUUUUUCGCUAAACCGUUAAUUCCAGGAAAUUCACUAUAUUUAAGCCAAAAUAGAAAGGACAACAAUUUAUUUCCAGUCCUGCAAGUCUGGCCUAUAUUUCUGUAAGUCCGCACAAGAAAUGGUUUAGUAAAUCAAUCCUAUAUCGAAUGCCGUAGCAGGGGUGUGUCUUUCAUGCAAAUCACAGGUUUACUUAAGCUUUUAGUUUUUUGAACUGGAACAGUAAUAUUACUUAUUCUGCAGUAUCCUGCCCAAGGCCCAUAACAAACUGCACAGCCCUCUUAACAACCAAAAAGAGCCAAGUGGUUCAUAUAAUCUUUGGCUAAUGGGAUGUAUUUAGGGAUGCCAUAUCCAUAUUUUAGAGGACACAUUUCUUUCACUCUUAUAAAUUGAUGGGCAUAUAGAAAUAGCCGUUCUGUAUGUGUAGAAGUCAAAUAAUUCGGGUAGUAAAGCAGGUGAUAAAUCGAUCCGGAAUUCUGCAUUUUACAAGGUAGUAUUUUAAUUUGCCUCAAAUCAACAUGAUAAAGUUAUGGAUGGAUAUGACAACUCUAGACGUUGUUUUAAUGCAUCCUACUUUAAGGCAGACAUCACUUGUGGCCAUAAUUUGAUAGAUUUGCAUCAUCCUUUUAACAUGUCUACAAAAUGUACUGAUAGAUUUGCAUCAUCCUUUUAACAUGUCUACACAAUGUACUACAUUCCUAGGUGGAGAUGUAAAGCAUUUACUGCUAGUUUUUUUUUUUCUCCUAGAUAUAAGAAAGUAUACUUUAUUUUUAUUAUUUCUGUAAAUAAAUUGAGGCCUUUAUCAGGCACCACAUUUAAUAUUUUGAGAUAAACAUUUACAUUUGUUUUAUUUAAAAUAUCAAAUAUAUAUAAAAUAUCAAUAUUAAAUUAUUUUCAAAAUAUUAAAUAGUUUUAAAAAGCAUAUCAAAAAAUAUAGGCCUUAAUUUGUUUGUUAAAAAGGGAAUUUAUUUAAAAAUAUAGCCAGUGUCAAAUCAUUCACUCCAAAGCAGCUAAAAGAGAUGCAAUGUUCUGUUAGGGCUAAGUACAUUGUUAAAGGUUACUCCAACCACCAUGACCACUUAAGUCGUAGAAGUCAGUAUGUGCAGUGUUUCUGUAACCAUUUUUUGUUAUAGAAAACAUGCCUCCCUUUUCGGCAUAAAGUGUGCGCAUGCACUCUGAGCUGGCGUAAUGGACCAAUCAGAGGCUUCUCUAUGAGAAGCCUGUGAUUGGACUGUGCAAAGCCCCAGUGACGUUGAAGGAGGCGUGGAUUCCAUGUACCUUAAACUCUUUAUUUUGCAGGUUUUAUUUCAAAUGGGAGGAUUUCUCAAUAGUGCCCCCCGCCCUCCAAAAAUGGUUGGAGUACCCCUUUAACGCAUUGUGCACCUGCAAAAAACCUUGUAACAAUAAAAGCUGCCUGUGAGUGAGUAAGAAACUGUUUGGUAAUAGAUGUAUCUGUUGUGAGACUCUUUUCCAAAGAAUGCUGUCUUUUUAUUUUUUAAAUACUCUGCUAAGUCUCUUGUUCUGUGUUGCACACAAUCACAGCGCAGAUUGUAGCUGACAUACACUUUGGACUGAGGGACAAUGUUCCAUGCCAAGUAGGUUAUGUGCCAAGUGUGUACACUGAAUUUAUGUUAAUAUUAAACAUAUUGUGAUUGUAAUACCUGCCUGUUUCGCUAAUUUUUCCAACAUUCAUACUAUAUUGCACAGUAACAUUGAUUACAUCAGAGCUGUUGUAUAACCUAGAGGAAUGCAUUACGAUACAAGGUGACAAUGUGCAG